CCCUGUGGACGCUGGUCUUGGUAUUACGCAUCUGAUCUGAGAUCAGGUUUAAUAAUUAUUUUGCGCGCAAAUGCGGGCGUGGAAUCUGAUCUUGGAUCAGAAUUUAAAGGGAAAUUGGACAGGGUAGCUUUUAAGCCUCACUUCCGGUUUUUUUUUUUUUUGUUGGCUAGCAGGUGAACGUUUUCAAGGGGAGCGACAGUGUGACUCAGGCGAUGUGGACUUUUUGUACUUAAUUAGUUUAUUUCAGAAAAGUGCCAGGUGUAGUAGAAGUGGCGGGGAUGUGGGAAAAACGCAAUGGGAAACGUUUUCGCCAGAAAAGGAUGUUCAAGUCGAGUAACAGAGCAGGACCUGGCUAUCUUGCAAUUAAAACAGCAGCGAGAUAAACUGAAGCAGUACCAGAGAAAACUCACCGUUCAGCUGGAGAAAGAGAGGCUUCUAGCCAAGCAACUGCUGAAGGAUGGGAAAAAAGAAAGAGCUCUUCUGCUGCUCAAAAAAAAGCGCUACCAGGAUCAGCUCCUGGACAAGACUGAGACCCAGAUAAACAACCUAGAGCGCAUGGCCCAAGACCUUGAAUUUGCUCAGAUUGAAGUAAAGUUCUUGGAAGGUCUGAAGGUCGGCAAUGACUGCUUAAAGAAAAUGCAUGAGGCCCUGUCUAUUGAGGAGGUAGAGAGAAUAAUGGAGGAGACACAGGAUGCCAUCGAAUAUCAGAAGCAAAUCGAUGAGAUGGUGGCAGGCUCUCUGAGUCAGGAGGAUGAGGAGGCUGUGCUGGCUGAGCUAGAGGCCAUCACUCAGGAUGAAGAUGAAUUUGAACUUCCUGAAGUGCCCACUGAGCCCUUGCCUGCAGUGGCUGAGCUAGAGAAGGAAAGAGAACCAGCUAAGGCGAAGCAGGACGGAGAGAUUCUGUUGGCAUAGUAGCCGACGGUCUUGUGAUACGGAUUGAUCACACGUUAAUCAGCCUCUUAUAUAAAAAGCAGAGCACGCUCGAAACACACUGUUGUUUCCUUUCAGCUCUUCCCAUGACUUUUCUUAAAAACUGAGUCAAACACUUGACUGCUGCAUGUACUGGCAUUGUGAUGAAGGAAAAAUUUGUCUGAUUUGAAGAGAACCAAUAAGCUCAAAAGGAUCGCUACCAUUAAACAUAUGACCGCAAAUUGGCUUGAUCUGACUGCCAAAAUUAAGAUCAUUGGGGACAUUUAUAUUACAUUACAUCUUCAUGUGUGGUUGGUAUUGGAUGAGAAAUCCAAGCAUUACGAUAGACAAGCAUUACACAACUUGAGAUUUAGUUUUUUGAAGUUAGAACUACGAAAUGAAGGAACUUUCAAUGAUCUCGCACAACAUGCUAGUCUUACUGUAAGUUACCAUGUGAAACUGACUUUUUAUUGAAGUAAACUCCGUUAUUAUGGAUGAAAUGUGUGAUUUCUGUGACCCACAGAACGAUAUCAGUCCUUUCAUUCAAUUCUCAAAACCUUUGUCGGAGUGGGAUGUUUUUUUUUUUAUGUAUGUAUAAUUUCCCAUGCAUGGAUUUCCAUGGCUUUCUGGUUUCUGUAAGUGAGAACGAUGUAAUCUCCACCUUCACACUUGAUUAUUUUUCCACCCACAAGCAGUUGUCCUUGACCAGUAAGCUGCUUUUUUUAUUUAUGAUUUUUGCCAUACCACUGAAGCCAGUAUUCCUAUCAAAUGUUCAUAUUUAUUGUCAAGGAAUAAGCCUGGUCUUUAGACACAAACAUGGUGCACUGCAGUGACAUGAAAAAAAAGAUGGUUUAUUAAAGCUGAGAACGUGCCUGCUUCAGAUGGUACUCCAUCAUACAGCCAACAAAAAAUCCUUUGAAGCUGUAGGAGGCAAAACAAGUUCAUAUUCAAAUUUCAAGCUGUUUAUUGCAUAACUUUUAUUCUUUGGGGAUCCAAACAUUUGAGAUUGUAGAUGAGUUCUUUCAGUCUCCUUACUUCAUUGCUACCAUAGCAACAACUAGCUGAAUUAAAUGUGAUGGUAUUGAUGUUACGUCCUUAGCCGCUAAAGUGUCUCAUGACGAAUUGAAAAGUCCUUGAUUCUAAUGUCUGAGAGGUGCUUAACAAAAUAAUCAGCCGAUUUUGUUUCUCUGGUGUGGAGCACAUCUAAAGAGAAAGGCAGUAAACCAAAUCCAGCAGGAAUACAUGAAGAAUGAUGCAUGAUGAUUAGAGAUUGCAUAUACACAAGCCAUUUUAAUAGCAAGAGCGAAAAAAAAAACAAAAACCUGCUCAUUCAUGCAAUUAUCUAAUCACGCCUGGCAGUUCUUACAGAUACAGAUCACAAUCAAAACACAUCAAAACAGGAUGUCAAGAUGUAGCUUUGAGCAAUUCAGGAAGUGCUCAUGAGGGAUUUUCAUACAAAAGUCUCUAGUAUUUACCUGGAAUAGAAUUAAUAAAAACAAGCCUAGUGGUUAACGGGUUGAACUACUGAUCCGAAGGUCAUGGGUUCGAAUCCCAGGUCCACCAAGCUGUAAAUCAACAGUAACCACAGUUUACAUCCGUGUUGUGCAUAAAAGCAUCCCAGAAUUGACAAGAUGCUAAACCUUGAAGCAGCUAAGCUACAGAAGACCAUCUGAGGCUACAGUCUGAACCUACAGUAAACCUGGGCAGCUGAAGACUGUCUUCUCACUCAGCCUUCUUCAUCUUUUGUCCGUUUAAUAUCGAACUAUGUGUUCACUCCUGUGACUUCAUGAAACUCUCCUUUUGUCAAUAAUAUUGUGCCGUGGUUGCUAUGGUUACCGAACCCGUGGAGGCGGAGAACGGGAACAGGUACCGUAAAGACACGCCUUGUGGGCGGGGCUUAAAUGGGGGGCGUGUUUUCCGACCUGAAGAGUUGUCUGUUUUAAUAAUCUCCAGCACGGUGAGCGCUUCUCAGCUGCAGCUCCCGUAGAGCUAAAAGCGCGAAUUUCUCCAGUCAAUACUGAGCUUUAUUCUAUUUUUUACUGCGUCUAGGAGGAGAAACAAAUCCCAAUUUCGGAUAACCAUUUCCUUAGAAGAGAGUGUUUAUGGUUUGGACUGAAGAUAUCAGCAUGUCUCGUACCGACGAGGUCCACCGCGUUACAGAGAAUGUCUACAAGUUCAAAUCUCCAGAACACAUCACUGUGCAGCACUAGGCUCAGUGUGCAGCUCAGCAGCUCACGUCUACAGUCGAACGUCGUCCACAGCCCAAAACACACAGCAUUGUUUAUUCCAGCUCUCUGUAACAGUCUCAGUGACGGAGUCCAGAUUCCGCUUACUGUUUUCUCACCUGUGCAAAUGAACCUCACUGGAGAGGAACACACACUAGGGUUGGAUUCAGACACCGCAUAUGCAUAAGCAGUUUUCUGUUAAAAGGGUUCAGUGGGCAGAAAAGAUUGUUAGAGGCACUAAUUCUCUCAACAACCUCUCUGUCACACGUCACGUUUCCGAGAAGCAACAUUGCUAAACUCUCCAUCUUAAAGACUUUGGUGUGGUUAAAGUUAAAGGAACAGCCUUAGUGCUGAUUUAUAAGUGGUAAAUAAAUGUGGAAAAUGA